AAUGUUGAAGACGGCCGAGCGAGUAUCUAUCAAUCCGUCAUCACCAACACCAGCAAAGAAAUGUCCUGUUUCAGUGACUCUCCAAUGCCUGAAGACUUUCCAAACUUCUUGCACAAUUCUAAGUUCCUGGAAUAUUUCAGGAUUUUUGCCAAAAAGUUUGAUCUUCUAAAAUAUAUUCAGUUCCAGACAACCAUCCUCAGUGUGAGAAAACACCCGGAUUUCUUAUCCUCUGGCCAAUGGGUGGUUGUUACUGAGAGAAACGGCAAGGAGCAAAGUGCUGUCUUUGAUGCAGUCAUGGUUUACAGUGGCCAUCACAUCGUCCCUAACAUCCCACUGGACUCAUUUCCAGGUAUCCAGAAGUUCAAAGGCCAGUAUUUCCAUAGCCGCCAAUAUAAGCACCCAGAGGGGUUUGAAAGGAAACACAUUUUGGUGAUUGGGAUGGGAAACUCAGCCUCAGAUAUCGCCAUCGAGCUGAGUAAGAAGGCUGCUCAGGUGUUUAUCAGCACCAGACAUGGUUCCUGGAUCUUGCGCCGUAUCUCUGAAGAUGGUUAUCCUUGGGACAUGGUGUAUCACACCCAGUUUAGCUCCAUGCUCAGAAAUGUCCUGCCACGAAAAGUUGUAAAAUGGAUGACAGAACAACAGAUGAAUCGUUGGUUCAACCAUGAAAAUUAUGGCCUUAUUCCACAAAACAAAUACCUUAUGAAAGAACCUGUACUAAAUGAUGAUCUUCCAAGUCGUAUACUCUAUGUAGCCAUCAAGGUGAAAUCAAGAGUGAAAGAGCUCACAGAAACUUCUGCCAUCUUUGAAGAUGGCACAGUGGAGGAGGACAUCAAUGUCAUUGUCUUUGCAACAGGAUAUACUGUCUCUUUUCCCUUCCUUGAAGAUCAUCUUGUUAAAGUAGAGAAUAAUAAGGUCUUGCUGUACAAAUAUAUGUUCCCUCCUCACUUGGAGAAGUCAACCCUUGUAUGCAUUGGUCUCAUCCAGCCCCUAGGUUCCAUUUUCCCAACUGUUGAACUUCAGGCUCGUUGGAUAACAAGAAUUUUCAAAGGCUUGUGUACCUUGCUCUCAGAGAGAACUACGAUGGCAGACAUUAUCAAGAGGAAUGGAAAAAGAAUUGACCUGUUUGGAGAGAGCCAGAGCCAGAUACUGCAGACCAAUUACGUCGACUACUUGGAUGAGCUCGCCUUAGAGAUAGGUGCAAAGCCAGACCUCCUCUCUCUCUUGUUCAAAGAUCCUAAGCUGGCUAUGAAACUCUAUUUUGGGCCCUGCAACUCCUAUCAGUAUCGCCUGGUUGGGCCUGGGCAGUGGAAGGGAGCCAGGAGUGCCACCUUCACCCAGAAACAACAGAUACUGAAGCCUUUAAAGACACGGUCACUGAAAAACUCAUCCACUUUCCUAAUUUCCUUCCUGCUGAAAUUCCUGGGGCUUCUCACUGUUGUGGCUGCCUUUUUUUUUCCAGAUUCAGUGGUUCUAACCUGUCAGCAUAAUGCUUUUGACUUUAUUGUCAGUCAGUACCACUUCAAGAAAAAAAAAAGAAGACUAAAAGAAAAAUUAUUAAAUCUAUAUUCUGAAUGUUAGAGUUGGGAGAAGCAGAGUGAGAGUUAGCAGAAUUAGGUCUAGGUAUAAAACCAAAAUGGUGUCAUGGCAUUUCUUUGUCAUUCCACCCUUCCCUCAAGUUCACCAGAAUCUCUGAAAAGGAUAAUAGUACACUGGCUAAAUAGUACUGCCAAGCUCUGAUGUCAGAGAGUCAUGUGGAAAAACAGUAGAACUACACAGGAUGAAAAGCAGGCCCCAUGGCUUAACUCAUUGGAAAAUUUAAAUUGUGGGCAAAUAUUUAAACUCCUGCACAUUGUUCCUGAUAGUCUUCUAACCCGGACUCUGGUAGCACAGUUCUCAGAUGUUAGGUCGUGCUCCAUUUUUGCUUCAUGGGGAAUCACUCAAAAAUACUGGAGGAAAAAAAUGGCUAGAAAUUAGCCUAGAAAACAAGGGCAAUGCUCAGACAGACUUUUGGGGCCUCACACUGAAAGCUGAGCAAGUAGCCAUCUUUCUUAUACUUGCCUUACAUUUUAACAGAAACACUGCGGUAAAAAUAAAAAGAAACUUGCCAUAACAGCUAUAUUUAGUGCUCAUCACAAACCAGACAAUGUGCACAUCGUAUGUAUUAUUUCAUUUAAUUUUCAUGACAAUUCUGUGAGAUGGGUGCUGCUGUUAUAUACCCAUUUUACAGAUGAUGAAACUGACACUCAGAGCAGCUGGGUCACAUGCCCAGGACCAGACAGCUGGUCUUGUGAUGGAGCUGGGAUUGGAAUCCAGGUUUGCUUGACGCUAGAACUGAAGAUCAUAACCUUGCCCCGUAAUAUACUUAUUUACAAAAACCUCCAUUAUUAAAUGCUUAUUAAGAGCUUAUUUUAUUUAUAAUCACAUAUAUGUUCCUUCUGGAGGAACUUUACAUAGAAAACAGCACUCUUCUUGCAAAUGAGAUCUGAUUAAUAUUAUAUAAAUUAUAUAUAUAUACUUUUAAUAUAUAAUUAUAUAAUAUAAAUUAUAUAAUCCUUGGUUUCUAUUUCAGCUUGAUCUAAAAUUCGUUCAAAGAAAUUUACAAUAAAAAAACACCUAUGCAACAUUUAGGAUAAUCAUUGACAUCUUGGAAAAAAACCAAGCAUCAAAGAGGAAAAAUGUAUCUCCCAAGUAGGUAAAAAGUAUUGUAAUGAUUGGACCUUGUAUUUAGCUCUAACCUUACAAAUAACCAAGGUCAAAAAGCAAAACAGCGUGUACUCUUUGUCAUCUGAUAAAAGAAAGCAUGCCGGUUUGUUAGGAGAGGCAAACAUUUGCUUAGAACUAAAGUCUAAAAAUGUCAAAAGCAAUUCAUUGUCAAUAGGCAUUGAGCAACAUAAUAGAUAAACAUCUGGUUAUAAAACAUACACUACAACUGUUCUUUCCAUGAACCAUGCUUUGGGAGAUAAACUCUGCCAUAAGCCCAGAACAAGACCUUCAAAGAGAGGGAAAAGUCCACAGAUUCAAGAUUUAGACAAAUUUCUCUUCUUACUCCUCCAAAGCCGUUGUGGUCAUUAUUCUUCACUUUGGCCUAGCUUUGUCCCUCAGGUGCCUACAACCUUGUGAUGGUAAUCCCUGUCAGUGGAAACUCUUUAAAGUCCAUUGACAUGACACCGGCAUUUAAAUACAAGAAUUGUUUUUCAUUGUUCUUAUAAGCAGAUUCCUUUGAAAAAAAAAUUGCAGAAGGUAUAGGUACUUUGUUCUUGAUUAAAACCUGAUUACUUUGCUAAUUAUUAAAAAUGACGUGCAAGCUAUUAUAUUAAUAAUAACCACGACAAUAAUAAUUAAUAAUUUAAUUUAAUAAGCAAGGCUUUACAGCAAAAGGAGGUAAACUACCUAUUUGCCCAUUUACCUAUUUCUGUAAAUAAAAUUUUACUGGAUCACCGCCACAUCUAUUCAUUUAUUGUUUGCAGUCACUUUCAAGCUACAAUGGCAGAGUUGAGUAGUUGCAACAGAACAGUAUGGCUUACAAAGCCUAAAAUGUUUACUAUCUGGCCCUUUACAGAAAAUUUGCCAAUCCCUGCUUUGUAAUGUAAAAAGCAUUGUCCUAAUUAUUUUUUAUAAUUUGCCUCAUUCAUCAUUACCACUACCCAGUGAAAUAAUUAUAGUUGUUAUCCUAUUUCUAUAGUGGAAGAGAUUGAGAAUCAUUUGUCAGAUUGAUGCUGAAUUAGUGGGGGAGGAAGAAAAUCAUGCCAUUAGGAUGCAAUUAUUAUUAAAUUUAUAUCCUUGAAAAUUUUAGAAAGAAAAUAAUCAGUAUUCUGGUAUCUUUUUAAAACACAAAUAGAUCAUGCCCAGAGUCUGAGACUGACUGAGGAAGACUCAUUCAAGUCUAUUCCAUUGCUUCCGUACAUCCUGAAACACAAAAUUAUCCUAGACAAACCAUCUAGGAUAGUAUGUUCCACCUGAUGGUCCACAGAGAUAUUCCCUGCAUCAGAAUAUCCAAAGGAGCAUGUAGAAGUGCAGAUUCCUGAAUAAGAAGAAACAAUAAUUCAGACCUGCUGAAUGAGAAUCUCUGCUGGAAUCUAAAGUCUUGAUAAGUUCCCCAGAGGAUUCUUGUGCACAUUAAAUUUAGGAACCAUGGGAUUGAGACCUCUUGAAAAAAAAAAGCUGCUUUCAGAGAUUAGCCCAUGGCUUUUUUCCACUUCUCAGGGACAAAUUCCUCCUUAGGUUCAGCCUUGGUGUUUCUUGCUGUACAGUGUUUCUUCCUCUUGUAAAGGAUUUUAGCUAGUUACCAUUUUCAUGCAAAAUCUCUCCCUGUGAUGGUUCCCUUUUACUAACCUUUUAACUAUCCUUCUCUAGAUGAUUGCUCCUUGAUUUUCUAUUUCAAAAGUGUAAAAUUUGUUCUUUGCAGAAAAAUAUUUUUUCAAAUAAAACUCUUGGACCAGGA